GUAAAUCCAACUGCUCCAAUGAAAGAAAUUUGCUUAUUUGGUUGUGGCUUUAGUACAGGUUACGGUGCUGCAGUCAAUGCUGCCAAAGUGAAAGCUGGGUCGACCACGGCCGUUUGGGGUCUGGGUUGUAUAGGGCUGGCUACUGUUGUUGGAUGCAAAGAUAGUGGCGCCAGCCGGAUCAUUGGUAUCGACAUUAACCCUGAUAAGUUUAAGAUAGCUAAACAGUUUGGAUGUACAGACUGCUUGAACCCAGCAGAUUUUGAUCGACCCAUUGAGGAGGUUUUAAAAGAGAUGACUGACGGCGGUCUUGACUUCACGUUCGAAUGCAUUGGAAAUGUAGAUACCAUGACAGCAGCUCUGGAGGCGAGUCACCCUGUUUGGGGGGUGACAAUGAUUGUUGGAAUAGCUUCUGGUGAUGCACAGUUAUCGUUUCCACCUUAUAAGUUGUUGAUGGGCAGAACCUUGAUGGGAACCCUUUUUGGAGGAUACAGAGGUGUAGCGGAAAUCCCACGAAUGGUAGAUCGCUACUUGGAGGGAAAGCUCCCAGUAUCAGACUUUAUAACACACACCUUGCCGUUAGAAGAAAUCAACAGGGCUUUUGACUUAAUGAUCGAUGGCAAAUCGAUCCGCAGUGUUAUCCAAUACUAAAAACAUGUAACAGACCUUGUACUGUUGUAGUCUCCUUGAAAAUGAAAAGCAGACUAGAGAGCCCAUGUGUUCUACAUGAAUUUCUAAUGCUUUAAUAUUUUCUUGAAUAAAAUUUUAAACAUGGUGAUUAAAUAAACUAUCAAGUAAAACAUGUUGAAACAAAAUGAUGUACUGUAAAAUGUAAAAAAAAAUAAAACAGGUCUCAGCUAAAAAUAUUCUUGGAUGUGUGUUAAAUUGAUAUAUCAGAAUACAUUCUGUUACAAAACAUGCUAGAAACAUGUUUUUUAUACUGACAUUAGAAGAUUAAAUCUUAUAUCUAACUAGUACAGUUUUUGUGGCCACACAUAUAUUCAAAUAGCAAUCUUACUUGAGUGAGAACUUAGUCUUAAAAA